GUUCGAUUCCAUACACCACCAGCUUCUACUUACACAAAGUUUCGAUCGACACACAUAAAAGUUCCGUCCACACCCACCGAAAAAGGACUGCCCCAUCUCGCGCACACCACACGGACAUAAUCGUACCCGAUAGCCGCCCCCCCCUCGUCAGUCACGUGAAGUCCACCAGCUUGAUCUCACUGGACACAUCGCCCACAAUGGCCCGGCCCCGGCCCUCGCCCGCCACAGCCACAAUGCAGUUGCCCUUGUGGCCCAUCUCGUGCUGCACCAGGGGAUGACACCCACACUGCGAGGCGACCGAGCGUCUGCUGCUGGUGCUGGUGGCCAGGGACCGCUUGGCCUCCCACAGGGUGAGCUGGCGGUCGUUGCUGAGCGAGAAGAGGUGGGUGUGGGAGGCCGGGAGGAAGGUGACACACGAGAGAGGGGACAGGUGCGUGAUCGAGCCACUGUGCGGCGAGGGCCACAGACGAUCGCCUGCACACAACACACAUAGAUGGUGGAUGGAUGAGGUAUUUCCUGCCUGACGAAGGCAUUCACUACCCACCGGUGAAGCCAUAGAGGACGAUGUUGCCGUCACCGAGGGCGACGGCCAUUUUGGACCCAUCGUGAGAGCAUGCGAGGUCCUCGACGAAUGGCGGGUUGACCAGCUGUUUGGCGCCGGCAGAGGUCUCCAGCUCGGAGUGGACCUUGUUCAUGUCCAGCCGCAUGCGGCACUUGCCGCUGCUCGCGUCCCAACGACACACACGACAGUCGUACCUGAGCAGACAGAAAGAACCGAGGACAACACACACACGGUCAGUCGCAGACACAGACAGACAGACAGACAGGUGGAGUGCAUCCAUCCACCAAGCGAGUGUCGGGAAGUGUGUGCGCUGGCUGUUCUGCAGCUCACCCACCCUCCUGUGACGAGGUCUCUUGCGCAGCCGGCCCGGAACACAGCAGAGCCACAAAUGUUGCCGUGCUCGCCAGUCAGCUCCCUCUUCACAGCCCAUCCACCGCCCGCCCCCUCCCCCUGGCCCUCUCCUUCCCACUCGCACACGAGCACACUGCCGCUCUCCAGCGGCACCGCCAUCGUCCCUCCAGAUGAAUCGAACGCGAACCUGUCAAUCUCACCAAUGGCAGAUGACGCGCCGUCGAAGCCCUCCACACCGCUGCUCACAUUGAGCAAAACCCGGUCGCUGCGCCGCAGGUCAAACGCAUACAAAGCCCCUCCUCUCGCCACAUAGAUCUGGUGUGGGUGGCCGGGGCGGAACCGCGCAGCGCCCAUGGUGGAGCCGUCCUGGCUGUCGAAUGUUGUGUCGUGUAGCCGCCUGCAUGAUGUGUGUGUACGGACGUCCCACAGACGCGCGGUGUUGUCAUCGGAGCAGCUGAGCACAAGAUGGUCGGGCGGCUCGGAAGGGAUGUCCAAUGAAACCACGCUGUCACGAUGGCCUCGCAACGCGCUGACGGAUACAGAUGCCGUCAUUCUGCUGAGAGAGCGGUGUCACGGACUGCUGCAGCGGUUUCA